CAGAAUGAAGUUUGUAACCAAAACAUGUGCAUAGCGUCUCCAAGAGGCGGCAGCAGCAACAACCGCAGCUGCUGCAGCAUUUAACUCUCUCUCUCUCUCUCUCUGCAUGCACAGCUCCAAAGGAUCGAACCAUAGUACGUCGUUCGUUCGUCUGUCUCUUGCGCUGCAGAUAAGCAGCUCACACCUGUCUCUCUCUCUCUCUCUCUCUCUGUGACUGACUUACGUUUGUAUAUAUAUUUCCUUGUCUUUCUCUCUUUUCCUAAAGGAUUAUUCCAUUACCAUGUCGUUUUCUUCUUCUUCUUCUUUUUCUCCGCCGCUUCCAUGGCCGAAAGUUCUCGGAGGCACAGUCUCGGGAUCAUACACUACACCUGCGCCACCGCAUUCAUCGUCAUCCAUCAACCCUAGCAUUCUUAUUAUCAUUUUCAUCCUCGUCAUUACAAUCCUCGCCUCCGUCUCCCUCUGCCUUCUCCUCCGCCAUCUCAACCGCCGCUGCAUCCGCCGCCUCUCUCCUGCCUCCUCCACUUCCAACUCCAGUACUGGCACCGACUCUCAGUUCCUCUCCGCCAGCCGCGUCUCUCCGGAGAAUCCUAACCACUCGUUUGUCCAGUCCCUGCCUCUCUUCACCUUCUCCUCCAUCAUUCGCCGCACAUCCUCCACUGCCGACUGCGCCAUUUGCCUUUCCAAGUUCGAGCCCAACGACCAGCUCCGUCUCCUCCCUCUCUGUUGCCACGCCUUCCACGCUCAAUGCAUUGACACUUGGCUCGACUCCAACCAGACUUGUCCGCUUUGCCGAUCGUACAUCUUUACUUCGGACUCCGACCUUAUGAAGGCCUCGCUCGCUUCAUCUACCGGUGCAUCAGUCUCCGGAGAGAGUUUCAGGCUUGAGAUUGGAAACGUGAGCCGCCGGCGAGCCGCGUCGGAACCCGUGGAGACGCAGAGGUCCUAUUCCAUCGGAUCAUUCGACUAUCUCGUGGAGGAAGAUUCGGAGAUCAGUUUGAGCAAUGUGCACCGGAGGAGCUUGUCGGACAAGGAGGAGAGUGGAGCUGCGCAGGACAUGGAGUCCACUCUAGCUUCCGAGAUAGCGGGCGGAAGGAGUUGGCUCAAGGAGUACGUAGAUAGGAUCUCUUCCUCGCUCUCAUCUCGUGCGAUGUCAUUUCGGAGUUCCGGAAGGUUUUGCUCUGGAAGCAGUCGCCGGAGUGAGAUCACCGGUGCGGGAGAUUGCGACCUCGAAGCAAACCGAGUCGGCGAAGAGAUAAGCGAGAUGUUCAGAUGGCUCUCAGGGGUAUGAUUGUAAGUAGAAUAUUUUCUCAGGUCACAAUUCUGAAUUCUCCAUAAAAAAGUUCUAAUUCUUCAAGAGUUAUAAUUUCUCUCACUCUUGUUUCAUUUUAUUUUAUUUGUUUGUUCCAUUGUUAAAAGGAAAAUACAGGGAAUUGGGUUGGAGAGGAUGCAACACU